AUGGAAAACCUUGAGCCGCGUUGGCCUCGUCGCAGAGUGGUUCUUGGUUCUUCUCUCCGAUAUCCUCACCAACGACCACCAUCCUCUGCUGCAGCACACCCCCUGUCCUCUGCGCAAUUGUGCCAACUUGAGUCCCACGCCACCAACCUCCGCGCCACACUCGUCGCCCUCGUCAGACCACCCACCCCGAAACAAAUCCCGCACGACUUCUCCACAACGUCCGUCGGAGGCGACCGUGCCUGCCGACAUUCGUUGAAGCUGGCCACAAACUACUCCCUCCCGUCGGCAUAUCUGCACCCCGACGUCGACCCCAUUCGCGCCACCACUUACCCAAGCCCCACCAUCACCCCCACCUCCUCCCGCUUCACUCCGCCCGACGACUACUUCCACGACACCACCCCCACCUCCCGCAAACCCCACGAUCGCGCGUCCGACAAGAAGCUUGCAGUCCGAGCAAAGCCGACGGCAGACCAGCGCAAAAACCAUGUCAUGACAAAACCCAAUGCCGACAAGGAUGGCGAGGGCACGCAGAAAGCAAAGCGUGUCCGGACCGGAUGCCUCACCUGCCGCGAGCGGCAUUUGAAGUGCGACGAGGGUCUACCGAACUGCAAUAAUUGCCUCAAGAGUAAUCGGGUGUGCAAAAGAGGGCUGAAGCUCAACUUCAUCGACACCUGGGCCGAGGAGCCGCCCGUGGUGAAAACCACGUAUGGAACGCAGAGCUGGAAGGUGGAAUUCUUGGAUGAAUCCCGCGAGAUCGCCAACGAGUAUGAGGGCGGCUUGCAGAAAUACCGCCCGCUGGAACAGGAGAUGGAAGGCAUCAUGAUCUCCGAUCCCGUCCCGCAAUUCGAUUACACCGCCAAUGUUUCUUCGGCGCCAAACAUGGCUCACCAAGCACUACAAACCACCAUGCCAGAAGUCUACCCAGAUCCAACCCAGCAACCAGACAUGAACUCCAUGUUUGCUGCUCCGUUCAAGCCCGAGACCAACGGCCAUCAGCAGCCGCCUCCGCGCUCCCACUCGGUUCCGAAUACGAAUGCAAAUUACAGCGUCACUUCCAGUCAUAGUAGCCUGGCCCCAGGCUCGGUGGGGAGCUACGAAGGUCAUAUGGAUCUGGUGGAAAGCCCCAGCGAGCGCAAGGAAUACCUCGACAACGCCAACGAGACUCUCUUCAUGCAGGUCUUUGUGGAAGAAGUCGGCCUGUGGAUGGACAGCAUGGAUCCGCAUAAGCAUUUCUCCCGCUUACUGCCCUUCCAUGCUUUGUCAGAGCCCAUGUUGCUGAACGCUUUCCUCGCCUGCGGCGCCCGACAUCUUGCUUUAGUGAACCCCGUCUACAAGGACGAGACGGCGUUACAUUACUACGACACCGCGACCAGCUUCCUCCUCAAAAGCCUCCAAAACCCAAACCGAGACACGGUGAUUUGCGCCACCACCGCCGUCAUCCUCAACGUCUACGAAAUCAUGUCGGAACGCGCACUCCAGCGGAUGAAUCACAUUGCCGGCGCACGAGCGCUGAUCAAGGAAUGCGGCUGGAACGCGCGGACACGAGGAGUUGGCGCUGCAUGCUUCUGGCUGAACGUCGGUCUCGAAGUCAUGAGCUGUCUACACUUCAACUGGCAAGUCGCGUGGAACCCCGAUGAGUGGGGUGUCGACAUGGACUUCAGCCGGGAACUGGAAAACGGACGAGAGGAGAUCUGGACGCACAGAAUGCUCUACAUCAUCGGCAAAGUGGCCAACUUCCGCGCAACCAUCCCCAGCAACUCCGACCCUCACACACACGUCGAGGAAGCACGCAUGCAGCAACGCCUGGACGAGUGGACGAAGCUCAAAGACAUGGCGGACCGCUGGAACUCGGGCAUUCCGCGCACCAUGCACCCCAUGGCCUACCUCUACCCCUACCAAACCACCUCCAAAUCCGCCUUCCCGGAAGUCUGGCUCGUCAAGCGCAGCACCAUUGUCGCCCGCCUCUUCUACCACACCGCCCAACUCCUCCUCGCCCAGAUCCACCCGUACAUCGGCCCGGAAAACGAAGACCUGCACAAGAUGCGCGUCAUGCACUCCCAGCAGAUCUGCGGCAUCGCGGCACACGUCAAAGACCGCGGCGUGGCGUCCGUCGCCAUCCGCUCUCUCGCGCACGCCGCGGAAGUGCUCACGCUGCGCCACGAGCAAGAAGAAGUCCUCCGCAUCUUCGCCAAAAUUAACAAAGAGACAGGCUGGAAAGUCGGGUACGUCUACGGCGAGCUGAAGGAGAAGUGGGGCUGGAACGAAGGGCCGUCAGCAGACCAGUUCGCGCAAACGCACACGGCCGCCAUCCGCCAACGCGAAGCGCAGGAACUGCAGCAGCGCUACCAACAGCAGCAACAGCGCCAGCAAAGCAUCUCCUCCAUGCAGCGGCACUCCUUCGACUUCGACCGCGCGCGCAUGCCCUCCAUCUCCGCCUCCGCAACCACUACCUCGCCGCCCCCUCUUCCCCCGCCUGUCGCGCCUUUGUCUGCUUCCGGCAGCGCGAACGGUGCCGCUGCUGGUGCUGGCGCCGCGGCUGCCGCGGCUAUGAGAAAGAUGCCGCAGGGCAUUCCCAACCCGAUGUACGCCAAGGCGGAUUUCAGCUUGCCGCAGCAUCCGUAUCAGAAUUUCUACGUGGCGCCGAAUCACGUUAGUGAGGCGUGGAGUCAUGGGGGGCCGCUGUACUACAGUUUUUGAGGCCUGUUCGGGAAGCUUGUUCUUGGGGUUUCGCAUGCACAUGAGCGGAAUGGAUGGUUAUGAGCCUUGUUUGCUGUUUUGUGAGCGCGGGGUUCGUUACGGGUUUAGUAAUGGCUUCUCUCUGUCGAGGCCGAUAUUCAGGAGGCAGCUUGUGCUCUAUUGGCGGAUUUCCUUCCACGCGCUCCGGAGGUUUAGCGGUAAAUGAACGACACGGGGACAUGGUGUUUCUAUAAUGGAAUGGGACAAGAUAGCGCUUGAUGCAAUGCCCUUG